GAUGAACAGCAUCAAGCAAGAUGCUGAAAUUUUUGGAUUCCAAACAAAAACUAUGUUUAACAAGGAGGUUUGCCGCUCUGUUAUCAACUUUCAGCAGGUUUCAAAUUCAGUUGUUGAAAUUUGGGCGAGGUACUUGCAUGAGAAAAUGGAGGCUGAUGGAGGGGACAUGCCAGUCCAGUUUGGUACUUCUGCUGCCAUAGCAAUACCAAAGAGGGCAUCACACCAAGCGGUUACUAGGAGGUCACAAUACAUAGCUGAUCUUUUGGAUAUUUCCUUGCUUGGACAAAUGACUUUAAUCCCCUAUAAUACCGGGAAUCAUUGGGUGUUGGUCGCCAUCGACAUGGCGGCUGAAAUGAUUUACUACCUAGAUUCCUUGGGAGGAAUUCCAUCGAAGGAUUUGGAGGAAAUCAUGAAUCAAGGGGUGACGAUUAAUCAUGCCCAAAAAUCCAAGAAAAGGUUGAAUUUAAAAUGGGUGAGAGUGAUGUGCCCUAAGCAAACAUGAGGAGUUGAGUGUGGUUACUUUGUGAUGAAGUACAUGAAGGAUAUUGUAUCUGACGUGAAUCGUUUGAAACAGAAUUUCUCUACCGUCAAGGAGUAUACCGAAGAUGAUAUUUUACAAGUGCGUGAGGAGUGGGCUUUGUAUGCUGCUACUUUGAUAAAAAAUGUGCAAGCGGAUCCUACAAAGGCUUGAUGAUAUGCACGGGGAGAUGCAUUUCUGAUUAUUGUUGAUGGCGGUUAGAAUGGUCGGUGUUAUGUUAUGUUUGUAGAAUGUAGAGGCAGGUCAAACUUUUGAUAACUAAACAUUGGUACCGGUUGGGAAUGUGACUUGUUUGUAUUUUAGCAUCUUCAAUGAUGCUUGGUAG